AUGGAUGUUGUUCAGAUUCUCACGAUCGGGCCGACGUUGGCAACAUCUUUCAGUUCAUCUUUUUGCCUAAAAUAUCUGUGUCCAAAUGAUGAAAAGCCUGGAGUGGACAUAAAAAUACCUGAUGCCCUUACUGCUGCACGAGCAACCACAUCCAGCGACUAUCCUGACGAGCGCAUAACCUCGCCUACUCCCGAACAAUUUGUGACUAGUACGCCUGAACUGGAGACGACGGAUGAUGGCGAGAGGCCUGAUGGCGAAGAAUACGACAGGACCACUACUGCUGCACGAGCAACCACAUCCAGCGACUAUCCUGACGAGCGCAUAACCUCGCCUACUCCCGAACAAUUUGUGACUAGUACGCCUGAACUGGAGACGACGGAUGAUGGCGAGAAGACUUCUCCUGAUGGCGAAGAAUACGACAGGACCACUACUGCUGCACGAGCAACCGCAUCCAGCGACUAUCCUGAACGAGAGCGCAUAACCUCGCCUACUCCCGAACAAUUUGUGACUAAAUACGACAGGACCACUACUGCUGCACGAGCAACCACAUCCAGCGACUAUCCUGACGAGCGCAUAACCUCGCCUACUCCCGAACAAUUUGUGACUAGUACGCCUGAACUGGAGACGACGGAUGAUGGCGAGAAGACUUCUCCUGAUGGCGAAGAAUACGACAGGACCCCUACUGCUGCACGAGCAACCACAUCCAGCGACUAUCCUGACGAGCGCAUAACCUCGCCUACUCCCGAACAAUUUGUGACUAGUACGCCUGAACUGGAGACGACGGAUGAUGGCGAGAAGACUUCUCCUGAUGGCGAAGAAUACGACAGGACCACCACUGCUGCACGAGCAACCACAUCCAGCGACUAUCCUGACGAGCGCGUAACCUCGCCUACUCCCGAACAAUUUGUGACUAGUACGCCUGAACUGGAGACGACGGAUGAUGGCGAGAAGACUUCUCCUGAUGGCGAAGAAUACGACAGGACCACCACUGCUGCACGAGCAACCACAUCCAGCGACUAUCCUGACGAGCGCGUAACCUCGCCUACUCUCGGACAAUUUGUGACUAGUACGCCUGAACUGGAGACGACGGAUGAUGGCGAGAAGACUUCUCCUGAUGGCGAAGAAUACGACAGGACCACCACUGCUGCA